CAUGUAAGAGCCUUGGACGUUCAUGGAAGACUUAGAUAGAUGGAUUAGUGUAUUAUAGGAUAUGAUGGCUGAUUUAAGAUUAAGUCUAAAUGAAUUGGAAGAGAUGAAAUCAAAUGGUAUAUAUGUUUGAUAUAAUAAAAGUGAUGUAAUAUAUGUCAUAAAUGGAUGGAGGUUAAGUACAUGAAGGUUUAUUGAAGACAAAUUUGGGAAUACCAUUGAUGGUUAUGGUGAAUAAAUCAGACAUUUUAGAAAGAGAUGACAAAGGAAAGGAUUGGGAUUAGAAAGCAGAAAUCAUUUAAUUUUGUUUACGUUAAUUUUGUGUGAAUUGUAAGAGUUAACAUACUUAUAAUAAGAUGGUGCAACUUUGCUUUUUACUUCUGUGAAGCAAAAGAUCAACAUUAAGGUAAUGUACGAAUAUGUGUUACAUCGUUUGUAUAAUAUGCCAUUUGAAACAUCAUAACACAAAAAUUUAUCAGAUUUUGAAAGUCUCUUUAUUCCCUUGGGUCAAGAUGACAUUAAUAUAAUAAAGAGUACUUUCACUAAAUUAGCCAAUAGUGUAAUUAAAUAUGAAGAGAGUGUACCAGUAGUAUAAUUAAAAAAAGUAAAGUCUCAUAUUAAUAAUAUUAUAAUAGAAUUUAGUUAAAGAGGAAUUGACAGUUGAGGAUGAUUAAGAAUUCUUCACUAAAUUAAAGGAGAAAUCAUCUUAAGCACCUGUAACUAGACCCAUACUACCAAUUUAAAGAUAAGUGGAAUAACCAGCUGCUUAAUAACCACCACCACCUACUGAUUAACCAUUAUCUGCCAGAGGAUCAUAAUAGAGUUAGCAACUAAGAAAUUUCUAUGAUAAAAUUCUAACUGGCAGAAAUGAUGUAUAUAUAUUAAAAUUUUCUUAGGCAUAAGUUGAUCCAAUCUAAUAAGCUCAACAAUAAUUACAAGAGAGAAUGAAGUAAAGAACAGUGACAGAAGUAUAACCUUCAGCUUCAGCAACUCGAUUGACUCCUUUGUUCAAUUAAUAAGAUUAAUAGAGAUUAUAGAGGAUAUUACCAUCUAAAAAGUGAU